GCCCCGCCCUGUGGCUCGCCGGGUGGCGGCCACGCCUGCGACGGUGACAGAGGCACAGGUGCCCCGGGACAAGUCAGAGCCUGCCAGCCUUGCCAGCAGAGGCGCCAGGCCCCCCUCUCCCGCCUCACACUCCAGCCUCCCUACGCCCCACAAAUGCAGGCCGCCGCCCUCCCUGAGGAGAUCCUUUGGCUCCUGGAAGAUACUGAAAAGUUUCUGGCAGAAGGCUUGCAUAAUGAGAUCCUUAGUGCUGGUGCAAAGGACCACAGAGACCAUAUUCUUCGGGGCUUUCAACAAAUCAAAGCUAGGUACUACUGGGAUUUUCCACCCCAAGGGGAAGACCAAGCUGAAAAUUACUCUGGACAGGACAACUCCGAUGAUAAUUACAGUGGAACUCAUGGCCUUUCCCUCACAUCAGAUGCACCUUUUCUGUCAGAGUAUCAGGAUGAGGGAAUAGAAGACAUCACAAGAGGAGCACAAGAACUUGACAAUAUCAUCAAACAAGGAUAUUUGGAGAAGAAAAGCAAAGAUCACAGUUUCUUUGGACCAGAGUGGCAGAAGCGAUGGUGUGUUGUCAGCAGAGGUCUCUUCUACUACUAUGCUAAUGAGAAAAGCAAACAACCCAAAGGAACCUUUGUCAUUAAGGGCUACAAUGUACGGAUGGCCCCCCACCUGCGAAGAGAUUCCAAGAAAGAAUCCUGCUUUGAACUGACCUCCCAGGAUAGGCGAAGCUAUGAGUUUACAGCUACUAAUCCAGCUGAAGCCAGAGACUGGGUGGAUCAAAUAAGUUUCUUGUUAAAGGAUCUGAGCUCCUUAACCAUUCCAUAUGAAGAAGAGGAAGAGGAUAUGGCAGAAGAAGAAGAGGAAAUGUAUGAUGAUAUCGACGGCUUUGACUCCUCAAAUUCUGGUUCCCAGAGUAGACCCACUAUCUUGCCUGCCAAUACAGAGUUAAAGGAACCCACAGAGGAAAAAGAAGAAGAUAUUUAUGAAGUCUUGCCAGAUGAAGAGAAUGAUCCAGAAGAGGAUGAGAAUGUCACUCGACAGAAAGUGGACUAUGCUGAUUACUACCAGGGCCUAUGGGAUUGCCAUGGUGACCAGCCAGAUGAACUUUCCUUCCAACGUGGUGACCUCAUCCGCAUUCUGAGCAAGGAAUAUAACAUGUAUGGCUGGUGGAUAGGAGAGCUGAACAGCCUCAUUGGGAUUGUUCCAAAGGAGUAUCUCACCUCUGCCUUUGAAGUGGAAGAAAAAUGAAAUCCAGGCUUGCCACAGAGAAGAAAGAGAAAGAAGUCUUGGGAGAAGGAAAUUGCUGGUUCUUUUGGCUGAUUUGAAAAGUACAAAUAAAAACAAAUAAAAAGUACAAAUAAACUUCAGGUUUGGUUUCUUGCCA